CACGCAAGAGAGUCGCGCUGAGAGAUGAGCUGUGAUUGGCGGCUGUGGGUAGGCAGGGUCAUUGGCAUCCAGGAAGAGCAUUGCUCGUGUUGUGGACGGUGAAUGUUAUUAUACCGGAAUGGGGGACAGCAAAGCUGUAGCAGCUGAAGGAACGGCACCACAAACGGAGACAACUGGCAAACCUCUGCCGUUUAAACAAGCGCAUUUCCUUCAUUCAGGAAUCGGAGGAGCGGCAGCUGGCAAGAAGAACAGGACCUGGAAGAACCUGAAACAGAUUCUUGCUUUAGAAAGGGCAUUGCCAUGGCAACUAAAUGAUCCGAGCUAUUUCAAUAUUGAUGCACCACCUUCGUGCAAACCUGCAAAGAAGUAUUCUGAUAUAUCAGGACUUCCUGCCAAUUAUACUGACCCUCAAAGUAAGCUUCGAUUCAGCACAAUUGAAGAAUUCAAUUACAUCAGGAUGCUUCCCACUGAUGUUGUCACUGGAUAUUUGGCACUAAGAAAAGCAACCAGUAUAGUAUCGUGACAUCUAGAAAUGCAAUUUUUUUAUUAUAAAAUAUUCUGUAUUAUAGAAUUUAUGCUGUAAAAUGUAUAUGUAUUU